AUGGAGCUCGCCGCUGAGCCCCCAGUGGUUGCAAAGCCGGCGACUGUGAAGAAGGCAGACGCCAAGGAGGCGCCCUCCGCAACGGCGAAGCCGGCGAAGAAGAAGGAGCCCGAGAAAGAUCCCAAGGAGCUUCCCCCAGAGGUGGAGGCCAACCUGAAGAAGAAGGUUGCCAGCCGCAGCCACACGCUGCUCUUCGCCCAGCGGUCUGUGGAGUUCGUGAGGGGCCACAAGCUCCACACCUUGGCGGAGCGCGCGCUCAUGAUGAUGGAUGCCAAGGAUGGCGAAGCUCUUAUGAGGUCGCGCUCUGUGAACUUCGAGAGUCGGCACACGCUCGGCGGGCGGAUGCAGCACUUCCUGAAACUGCUGAAGUCCAAAGACCGCAGCAAUGAGGUCGAGCAAAUGGUCUCCUAUGCCUGGGACCUCGUGAAGAAAGAGGUUUGCAAGGGAGAGCGGUCCCCGAGCACUCGACGUUCCAGGACUCCCAAGAAGAAACGCAGCCGCAGCCGAAGCCGCAGCCGGCGCAAGCGGCGGCGCAGCCGAAGCCGAAGCCGGCGGCGGAAGAGCUCCAAAAGGCGACGCCGGAGGAAGCGAUCGCGCAGCACGGAGGGGAGCCAGAGCAGUUCGCCAGCUAAGGCGGCAGAGAGUAGCAGCAGCAGCAGCGAAAAGCCGAAAGAGGCCAAAGACGCCUCUUCCGGGCUGAAGGAGCCCCCGAGCGUCCCAAAGCGGCCGGCGGCGGCAAUUCCUCCACCCGCGCCGGAGACAGCGCCCGCGCCGAAGAUGGCGGCCAAGGCGGCAGUGAAGGCUACGGCAAAGGCACCGGCCAAGGCACCGGCCAAGGCACCGGCCAAGGCACCGGCCAAGGCACCGGCCAAAGGCCCCGAAGCCGGCCGAAGCCAUGUACAAAAAGUGGCGGCGGCGUUGGCGCAUGCGGAGCUGGAGGCGGAGCUGAAGCUGCAGGAGGAGAAGGAGAAGGACCAGCAGAGGAGGAAGAUCGAGUUUCAGAUCAAGAGCACCGAUCCAGUGGCAAGGAUGUUGAAGCUGAAAGAAACGCUUCGCUCCGACAAGGAAGGUGAGAAGCCGCCACCGCCGCCUCAGACAGAGGCGCCGUUAGAGCAAGAGGAGCCACCGCCGCCACCGGAGGAGCUCCUAGCGCAGCAGGAGGAGGCCCGGCCGGAGAUUACCGACUUGGCCAUAAUGCCGGAAGGGGAGCAUGAGCAGCUCGCCUGGGAAUGGCUGAAGAACCUCGAUGGCGGACGCGGCUCCCUGCUUCGGUACUUUACGGUGCUGAGGGAUGAGUUCGACUGCGACUUCGCGCAGCUCGCCGCAGCCAAGCUGGACAAGCCACUCUCCCCUGGUGCGCUUGGACAUUUGGAGCCCUCCUUCUUUGAGGCCUUAGGUGUGGAGCAUGUGGGCCAUCGCCUGCUGUUGGCCCGGGGCAUCCUGGCGCUGGAGGGGUAG